CAUUCUCCCGAGCGAUGGGAACACCACCGGCCGCAGAUUACCCCGUGAAAAUACAUUCAAGUAUCGCCUUGUUCUUCAAACACACUGCUAACACUAGCCACCCCUCCCCCCCCCUCCCCCCACCUCCCGGUGUCAUAACUCCGGGUGGUGCGAUCUGGAACACAUCAGCACAGCAGGCCUUCUCCCACGUUGCGGCACACAGGACCCUGCUCGAAAUCAAACGCCGCGCGAGACGGUGAACGAUGGCACGGGUCUCUACCACCACCGCUGGCAGGGUCGGUGUCGCUAGCACGGCACUGCUGUUCCUGCUGCUGCUGCUGACACAAUUGCCACAAGGCUCGCGUGCUCAGCCGGGAGGAGGCGGCGGCGGCGAUGGCGGCGGGGGGGGGGAUGUUCCCGGCGGAGACGGAGUUCCUGGAGGGGAUGAUGAUGGUUCUGAUGCAUCUGUGGAGUGUGCUUACAACGGGAGCGACGCCCACUACGACGAGUUCCUAGCUGGCGAAGGUUUGACGAUGGUGCGAUGGACAGGCACCAACACGGCAUGCCCGAAUCACGUCAACUGGCCCAUCAACCCCAACCCCGGACUGGUUGCGGCCAUCAACGAAUCGAUCCCGGCCUACCCCAUGCUUCUCGAGGACGGGGGGACGACGGACCUGAGCUCUGCCGCCGGGACGAUCGGGCUAAUGCGCAACGGGGUUUCUAUGUACAGCGCGUGGGCGGUUAACGCCGUCGAAGAGUACGAGGACACGGCCUUCUACCUGGAAGCCGACACGUUGGACCCCUGCGGGGGACACGCGACUCCCACGGGGUCCUACCACUACCACAGCACGGCGGGGUGCCUACAAGAACAAGCAGGGGCGGUCAUGGGGGAGCACUCUCCGCUGCUGGGCUGGUCAUACGACGGCUUUCCCAUCUACGGGCAGCUAGGGCCUGGUGGAGUGGAGAUGAAGAUGUGUGGAGCAGAUGGGGCGGACGCGACCGUCUGCCUCGACUUGUGCUCCGGGUACGAGGCUACUAUCGACGAGGACACCUUCACGUACCGAUACUACACGUCAUGUGGCUUCGACGAUUCCUUCUUCCCCUUCACCCUCAACUGCUACCGCGGCUGCUGCCCGACGGGCGUCACCUGCAGCGACAGGAUCGAGGCCUGCGGGGACGGGGCGCUGAUCGGCUACACGGAAGACCACGUGCCCGUGGCGAGCGAGUCUCUGGACGAGCCGUACGAUGCCCUCCUGAUCUCAGGAGACGAUCAAGACAUCAUCGGCUCCAACUUUACGGUCGACUGCACCCUAUACCUGGGCGCUGGAUCGGUUCAGGUGGCCAGCGGUGUCACCAGCGACGACACGGCUGCGCCUCCAACUCCUGCCCCCAUCGCCAGCGGCGGCGGCGGCGGCGGCGGCGGCAGCGGCGGCGGCGGUGGGUCCGUCGGCGACGCACCCACGCCGCCUCCCCAGGACGCCGCCGGAGAGAACCCCACCCCACCAGGCAGCGGUGGUUACGGAUCGGUGGCUGGGUCUACACCAUCUCCCGAAGCCGCUGCCAUCACCCCUUCGCCCAGCGACGACGACAAUGGGUCCGUAGACGGGGCAACAAUUACGCCAUCUCCCGAGGCCGCUGCCGUGGCCGCACCUGAGGUCACCGCCCCGCCAAGUUCACCCGAGGACGUAGACCUAGCCGACGCUGAUGCUAGCGGGGUCCACGGCGGCGUUUUCAGCCCCAACUCCGUCACCAUCGCCAUGGGCGUGCUUGUCGCCGCGGGGAUGUUCUUUGCUGCCUGAGAAUGGUGGGCUGCUGUCACCGAGAAGAGUGUGUGGUAAUUAACGAAACCAAACUUACUUUUAGUUUUUUUAGUUUUUUUUGUUGCAAUGGCCGCGACGACAAAACAGGCUUUGAGGUGGGGGCGGUUUUGGUCUGUUCGUGUGUGGUAUAAGCAGGGCAACCCGCUGCAGACGUUUGAAUAAGUAAAGUGGGGGGGCCUCAGUAGUACCGAUGAGGACCAGAUCGGUAUACUAUUCCGGCGCUAUUCAAAGUGCUGAAUGACUUGGUGAUUCAGUCUAUGCCUUUCCAAAACACCGGCACUGUACCUGCCGUCGGCAGCAUUCAACCGGCACUACUAAGGGCCCUUGUCUGUGUAGUAUAUUCUGCUAUUUGCUUGGAGAGAAGGGCGCUGACAACGAUCGUUGGUGCCAAUCGCAGUUGAUGUUGCCCUCCGCGCUCUGAAAAAUGCCUAUCGUCGGCGGAUAGGGAAAUAAAGGUCUUUGUGUUGCGGUGUCUCAGUGGCAUUUUGUGGUAUGCAUGGCAGCUCGGCGGCGGGCAGAGUCGACCUACUUAUCUUAGCUCAGCAUUGCACACGUUUCCCGCUCGUUUCCAGAUAAACACAGGUUGAGGUCUGCUUGAAUUUUUGGAAUAGGAUUGGUUUCCCACGACGCCUGCUGUCUGUCUUGUGGCGCCCAUGUCCACACCGCCUACUGUAGUGGAGCUUUGGUUCGACGUGCUGGCUAACUUGAUGGAACCCCUAGCAAUCGUGUAGCCUUGUCCGUAAUUUUUAGGGCCGCUAGCCUCCUCCUGCCUGUGUUGGUACCUACCUGAGGUUGAAGGGUGCUGCGGUCGAUUUGGUUGAAAUCUAGGAGUACCUGGGGGUGGUGUGUCUGGGAUGCAAUUUUGGCUCCGCUCAGAGUGUGUCUUAUCGGCAGAAUCGAGUUUCAGUUUAAGGCUAGAAAGAGCCAGCGUCAUCUGCUCUGAUUGUUUGGAAUGCGUUCUUUCGGGAUAAGCGAGCGGAUCUUCCUGGUCUUAAACUUGAUGUCGAAAAAAUGGCCAGAGGAUUAAUUUGGAAUCGACUUUGGCCAAACGUAACCAACUUCGGGUGGACGUUGGGCCGUUGGGAGCGUGCUGCGGCGGUUAACGUUUUUCAUCUCGCACGCUGCGCGCCCACGUGCGCGCGGAUUGCACACGCUUCACCACGCACGCCCACCAAGCAAGCAGAAAGACGAUGCCACAGAAGGCGAACGGCGAUGGCAGGUUCAAUUUGUUGCCGAUUUGCCAAGGGCGUGCGCUGAGCAAUGGAGUCGGGAUUCAUGCGCCAUCCGUGCCAUCGGUGGGUUGUGCUAUAUCACCAGCUCUCCAGGAGCUGCCUCAUACGCUUGUUCGUUUUCCCUCGCUGCCACGAGCGGCUGCCCCCACGGCGGGGUGGAGAGCGAGCUAUGGUUGUGCGAGUGCUGUGCAAAAAAUGGACAAAACGUCGCCCGCAGGUCGCCCACGCCACUUGUCGGGACUGUUGGGCUGUUCGGCGUCCGUUCGGGCGUGUUCUCGAUUUGAACCUCUUAGUUGGGCUGAAAUCUGUAAUUUUUUUCUUUGUUGUGGGUUCUGGCGAGACUGUCAGGAGCGAUCCUCAGAACGACGGGUUAACUCGAUAUUUGUUUCGUUAUUUCGGAAUUUUUUUGAGUCCGAAACUGUUAUCAGUGAACAUUUAUUUUCUUUUGGUCUACCAAAUCGGAUCACCCCUCUGGUUAGAAUUUAAAACCAAAAAUAAAAUCUGUGUGUGCUGCAUCCCAAGUGAAAACGGAGGGUGAUGUAUGGGAGAUCUGUACGCAUGGAACUCCUUGGGGGCGAAGAAGGGCUCGAGCGUUGGGCCAGCAUGAUACGAAAUAGUGCCGGAGCGAUUGCGAGGAAGAUAAUGAAGCGCGACGCUCUCGUGACUGGGGAAACACCUUAGCUCUCGGUGUUUCUGUCCUUUGUUGGGUUUUCGGAGGUCACUCGGGUGAUUCGGGAGGUGGUGCGUGAGUGCGGGUUGGCCUUUUAUAGGCGUACGGGUUGUGGGUAUAGUGGUGCGGAUUUGGACGUCUCGCACGAUCUCCCUCUGUCGGCUGCUAAAAUGUAUUUCGAGUGUUUUUGCCCUGGUGUGUAUUACGUUCGUUUGAAUGAUAUUGGGAAGCUGGUGAUGUUCUAGAUAUACAUAGACUAUUAUACCACAUCUUAACCAAAUUCAGAGAACACACGAUUUUUUUCGCGGUGGUGUGCAAAGUCGACAUGUGAGAUGAUCGUUAACUGAUGAACGUUGGUGUGAUGUUGCUGUGGGCAUGCGUGUCCAUGGAUAUCGUUGUUGUUUUUGGUGAGGUCAUGUGGAGUUCCUUGCGUGCUGUUUGUUGUCGAUGACGAUCUAUGUCUUUCAUACGGGAGAAACGGGCUUGGUAUCUUGCUCCUCGUACGGGGCAAUGGCCCUCAUAGCUCGACCAGGCGGAUUUCGGUUUAUUUCAGGAUUAGACAGUUAGGUCGGCCCGAACGUAAGGAUAGGCGUAUCAGAAAUGGACUACAAUAGCGAGAUCGAAGAGCACUUUUUUUGAUGGAAAGCGUGCUAUGAAGACCAGUCCUGUAAGAGAAUUUCGAGAUUUCCGUUUUUUUUGCGCUUGCAUGUGUGCGGAUGAAUGUUCUGCGGACGAAAAAUGAACAUGGAAUGAUUGAAAACGUAAGGUAUUCAUAGCCAUACACCAGCACUCGUUAUUGCUUCCCAAACAAGUUUCAUGUCUGCAUAUGCACGAAGAACGGAAAAAAUGCGUGGCCUACUAGUGAGUCCAGAACGUGGGGCGUCGUGGUGCACAAUGCCCGUCACCUAGGAGUGAUGGCCAUUGUAGGCAAAUACAAACAUUUUUAAUUC